CGACGGGACGACAAGAAGGCCGGCCACAUUUUUACUCUCUUCAACUUCUAGCAGUCAACUUUUGACAAUCAGCCACUACUGCACAGCCGUGAAGAACAGUGUAAUACGGACUCCUGACAGUUGAAGAAAUUGUCAUCCUGCCGAGCCAAGAUCUGCCACCUUUCCAUACUUUGACUCAAGGCGUUUCCUCCAGUGAUUAUCUGAGACGACACGUCCAUAAUGCCUCUUCCAAAGACCCACGAGUUGCACAUCUUUGGUUCCUUCAAUGGUGUUAAGUUUGACAUGGUUGGUGAAGGCACCGGUAACCCUAAUGAGGGGUCUGAGGAGCUAAAACUGAAGUCCACCAAUGGUCCCCUGAAGUUCUCCCCCUACAUCCUGGUCCCUCACCUCGGGUACGCUUUCAACCAGUACCUGCCCUUCCCCGACGGGAUGUCUCCUUUCCAGGCCGCCAUGCAGGACGAAUCGGGGUAUCAAGUGCAUCGCACGUUGCAGUAUGAAGACGGUGCCUUCGUGACUGCUAACUUACGCUACACCUACGAGGGAAGUCACAUCAAAGGGGAGUUCCAGGUGAUCGGGACCGGUUUUCCUCCUGAUGGUCCUGUGAUGACCAACAAGCUCACCGCUUUGGACUGGAGCGUGGUCAAGUUUGUGUACCCCAACGACAAGACCAUCCUCAGCACUUUCGACAAAACCUACACCACCACCGAUGGCAAACGCUACCAGUGCACAUUUCGUGAAAACAACACCUUCGCCAAGCCGAUGGCGGCCGACAUCCUGCAGAAGCAGCCGAUGUUCAUUUUCCAUAAGACGGAGCUCCAGCACUCUAACAACGCCGAGCUCACCUUCAAGGAGAAGCAGACAGCCUUCUCCGAUAUGAAGUGAGCAUCCGAAGUGUAACAUUUGACUGACAACACCCAAAGAAUCAGCUGAUUAUACAU